CACAAUAAUAACAAAAACGUCAAAGCGAUGACAUAAUAAACUGGGCCACCAUUUUUCCAGUAAAAUGCUUUAAAUUACAUUUAUAAAAAGCUGACACAAAUACAAAAAAAUGAUAAUAACGAAAUAAAAUAUAUUUUUACACCGUUUACUACAGACACUUCCUUUCCUGCAGAAUAAUGGCUUCCGUGUGUUGCCCAUGUAACAAUGCCGUCAAGGGUAGCGCGGCCGUCGAUCACUCGGGCAGGAGCAACUUGCCUCUCAUCUGCCUCGUGCCACACACGGACAAUCUCACUGGGAGCUCCGCCCGCAACCCCCCAAGAGGUCCAGCGCCGCGCGCCAACGCAGCCGGCCAGAAUGACUUCCAACUCCUCGAUGAAGACUACAUUAAGAAACAUUUCAAGCUACCUCCAAGGGCCCUCUACCUUGACCCGUUUAGACGGCCCUUGAUCACAUUUCCUUUAACUCAAGAGGGGGGUUCGAAGAACUUUAAUAUUUCGCGCAAGCAAAAGAUUAAUCAACAAAUUCUUGACGGUUUCUUGGAUCCCAGUGCAGCCAUUUCUGCACCAAGUGUCUUUCCAUAUGAUACAUCUCAGAAAUCAGCGAAAGCUAAGGCCGAGGAAGAAGACGAGGAAAUAAUAUACAUUCUACAACUGCCUGAUUUCGAGUACAAGUGUCCGAUACAUAAUGCCACAGUGAAAACACCAAGAUUUAUAUGGCACUCGUGUAAGAAACAGAAGAAAUCAAAAUCAGCGACGGAUGGCGGAGGCGCAGCCGGAGGCGGGCCGUUGCAUAAACCGAAACCUUGGAUAUUAAGUAGGAUCACAGAUUUCGAUUUAUUGUCUCAAUGGUGAUUUACUGAGAUUGAGCGUGGAGCCUGUACUUCUAACCAUAGCUUACAAUAAAUAUGUCAUUGCUACAA